AUAGGCUGUCGUUUCCCAGGAGAUGUUCACUCCCCUGAAAAUUUCUGGGAAGUUUUAAGGAAGGGGCAAAACGUAAUAACAGAAGUUCCAUCAGACCGCUGGAGUCUAGAGACAUUUUACAACAAUGAAAGAAAAGAGACAGGAAAAAUGGUUUCAAACCGUGGUGGUUUCAUAAAAGGCAUCGAUCAGUUCGAUCACUCGUUUUUUAAAAUAUCUCCGCGUGAGGCGGCUUCGAUGGACCCACAACAGAGGCAUCUUCUAGAGGUUACUUAUGAGGCCUUUGAAGAUGCUGGUAUCGACCCCUGGGGACUAAACGGCGACUGCGGCGUGUUCGUUGGCAUCGGAAUGAUGGAUUACAUGUUUUCUAUCUUGGAAUCUAACUUAAUUGACGCAUAUAGCCUUACUGGAGUGACGCACAGUGUGGCUGCCAACCGUCUUUCGUAUGUCUUCAACUUCAAGGGACCCAGUCUUGCUGUCGAUACAGCCUGUGCCUCAUCUAUGACAGCACUACAUUUAGCUUGCUGUGCUCUUCGGAACAAAGAAUGUUCUGUAGCAGUGGUAGGGGGCUGUAACAGUCUUCUUGCACCAGAAGUCUCAGUUGGAUUCAGUUCUCUGGGUGUGAUGUCACCAGAUGGUCAAUGCUGCCCAUUUUCCAACACGGCAAAAGGAUAUGUGCGCAGUGAAGGGUGGGGAACACUUAUCCUAAAGCCUUUGGAUCAAGCCUUGCAGAGUGAAGAUCAUAUUUAUGCAGUCAUCCGUGAGAGUGCCAUAGCAGCAAGUGGCAGUACAAGCAGUCUUACAAAGCCGUCAGCGUCAGCUCAGCACGAUGCCAUGAAAGAGGUUUACAAGCGUUGCAACAUUCUUCCGUCAUCAGUUGAUUACGUAGAAGCACACGGUACUGGUACCCCUGUUGGUGAUCCCAUAGAGGCUCGUGCUAUUUCAAAAGCUCUCUGUUCUCAACGACAAACUCCUCUUAAGAUUGGAUCUGUUAAGGGUAAUUUUGGACAUAGUGAGUGUGCAGCCGGUGUCACUGCAGCCAUCAAAGUAGCGCUCAUGCUUGAAAAGCAAAUUCUUUGUCCAAGUGUAAAUUUUGAAAAUCCCAAUCCUAACAUCGACUUCAAAAACCUUAAUCUCCAAGUGGUAACAAAAGUGGAAGACUUGAGUAGUGGAUCUCCUCACAGGAUAGCGCUCAACAGCUUUGGAUUUGCGGGAGCUCUUGCUCAUGCUGUAUUUGAACAAUCACCUCAGCAAGCAUCGAAAGAGCAGCGUAAAUGUAACUGGACAUUUGGUGGAGAUGGAUUCGGGGAACACAUUUUAAUUCCUUUUUCUGCCAGGUCCAAGAAAGCGCUUGAAGAUUUGGCCAAAGAGUGGAGUUCAUUUACAAGCACUAUGGAUGCCCUAAGCGUUGUGUCAUGGCUGUCUGCGCGUCGAUUGCAUCACGAUUUUCGAAUUGCUGUAGUUUCAAACUCUGGCAAAAACUUUUGCAAUGCUCUUCUUGGGUAUUCAAACGGCGAAUCAACUGCGAAUGGCGUCAUAGUACCUCUUUCCCAACCAUGUAAAGCACAAAAAAUUUGUUUCAUAUUUCCUGGUCAAGGGCAGCAAUGGGGUGCAAUGGGCAGCAGAUUGUAUCGUUCAGAGCCAGUUUUCCAAACGUCAGUCAAAAAAUGCGAUGCAGUUUUCAAGAAAAUGAGUGGCACAUCAAUCAUUCACGACUUUGGUUGUUUCCUAAACGCAGAUGCUAACAUGGUAAAUUCUGUUAUUGAUGAAAUAGAGGUGUCGCAGCCCGCUAUUCUGUUUUUCCAAAUAGGACUGUUAGAAUUACUGAAAGCUUGGGGAGUGCAACCUGAUGUCAUUGUGGGUCACAGUUUAGGUGAAGUAGCUGCCAGCUAUGCAUGUGGUGGAUUAACAAUCGAAGAAGCAGUAGCUGUUAUUUACCAUCGCUGCAACGAGCAGAGGAAACUUAAAGGAACGGGAAGCAUGGCGGCUGUGCGUGCAACGUUGCAGGAAGUAGAAAACCUCUGUUCUGAAAGUAAAGACGUCUACGUUGCAGCAGUCAAUGCCCCAAAGUCAAUCACAAUCGCAGGUCAGAACGAAGCAAUUAAUAGUCUAUCGCAGGAAAAUCCAACCACUGUAAAAAAACUGCGAGUACAGUGCGCCUUCCAUACCCCUCAUAUGGAGACUAUAAAAAUGUCUUUUGAGAGAUCCAUGUCUGGUGCAGUAACGACAAAAACACGAAUAAACGAAGUUCCACUCUACUCAACCGUCACCGGAGAGCGCUACGAUGGAAUGUUUAGCACAGAUUACUGGUGGAAGAACAUCCGACAACCAGUCAAGUUUGAACGAGCAAUUAAAUGCAUUCUUGACGAAGAACAACCAGACGUUUUUUUGGAACUGGCCUCUUCAGUGACACUGCUUUCGUCUGUUCGACAGAUUAUCAGCAAUACACCGAAGUAUAGUCAUGUCGGCACCAUCCCAUGUGGCCAAAGAAACAAAGAUGACCGCGUUUCUCUUUUGCAAUCUGUUGGAUCCUUGUAUGUGGCUGGAAAAUUCAUUAAGUGGGAUAACGUUGCACGAACUUGUGCAGUGUGGCAACCGUUACCAAGAUAUCCAUGGCAGCAUCAGUCCCAUUGGAAAGAAUCUGAGGAAAGAAAAAAGAAAAGGCUUGGGCUGGGGGACAGAAGUUUCAAAGGACGAAAUGGUCGUUUGUCUCUUGAUAAGUAUCCCUUUUUCAAAGACCACGUCAUUCAAAGCCAGUUGCUUUUCCCAGGAGCUGGAUAUGUUGAGUACUUACUCCAAAUGUGCUUCAUGCCGGACGAAAAUCCACUUCUGAACAAUGUACACUUUAACAAAACUUUAAUAUGGCCAAGCGAGGCAAACGAGGGAGGUGACUUCCACACAGGAACUGUCUCGCUAAAAUUCCAUCAAGAAGGAUCCCAGUCUUAUAUUAGCUACAGCGAUGUUGUAUACUGCAAAGCAACAGUCGCAAGCAAAGAGAAUUUUCCGCCACGCACCUUACCGAUGGAUGAGAUCCGUCUACGUCUGAAGGAUACCGUUGGAAAAGAGAUAUUCUAUAAGAAUCUUAGGAAGAAUGGCUACGAGUAUGGCCCUGCCUUUCAAACAGUGAAAGAAGUCUUACUGGGUGACGGUGAAGCCCUUGGACUUCUAGAGGCUGCAUCUGACAGUGUACAGCGGAUUCAAACAACCAUCCUUGACGGCUGCCUCCAACUGGUUAUUGCUGCAUUAGGUCCUUGCACGUCACUGUACAUCCCUAUCAAGAUUGAAUCCUUUCAGAUGGAGGUGCCCUCACUUCCCUCUGGAGAAGAGCUUGCUGCUCAUGCUGUAGUAUUGGAUCAUGACGGAUCGUUUUUGACUGGAAACGUCACCUUGGCAACGAGGAGUGGACAAAUUUUGGCUUUGAUCGAAGGUGUUCAUACUCAAGCUAUUCGGAACAGAGAAGCGAAGCAAGAUGUCCAAAAUUGUUUGUAUUCUACCAAAUUUCAACCACUAGAGUCAUGCCUCAAGUUUUCGAGCCUUGCAACAAGUUUAAGUAAAGAAAUGGAAUUCACUGGGCAAACAAGAAGGUCAUUUCCUGAAAUAAUAGCUUCCAAGAUUGUCGAUGAUGGAUUAAUAACAAAACAGAAUGGCGCUAUUCUCCGAGAUAUAAGAAAUACCAUUAACCUUCAAGAGGGUGCAAAUAAAAAUGCGGUAAACGCUAUGAGGCAAGACGUCAAAAAAGCUUUUUCAGGAACGAAACAGGAGUGUAGUCCUUUUGAGCAUUUUGAAGAAAACAAUCCUGUUAUUUCGAAUUUCUCGAGUGCAGAGGAAAGUCGGGUAUUGCCAAAGGAACACUGGGAAAAGCAUUGGUGGAAAUCAACAGAAAAACACCUCAAAACAAGCGCAUUUUCCAUUGCACAAGUUAUCCAAGAUGGAUUUCAAGAGAAAAAAGUCAUUCGCGUACUCUUAACUGGUGACGAGAAUGCCGAACUAUCAAAAAGCCUUCUUCCACAUCUUGAAGAAAAAGGUCUAACGAAUGAGGUGGAGUACAUCUUCUCUGCCUCCAGCGAAUUGCUUCUACAAAACGCUAAAGAACAACUAAAAGAUUUCGCAUUUGUCAAGUACAGUUACCUUGAACCAGGGAAAAACACAGACGAGCAGGGAUUUAUUCCACAAAGCUUUGACUUCGUUAUUUCCUUGGACAUAGUUCACCCCACUGUCAGUAUGGAAAAAAGCUUGAUGGCAUUUCAGCAGUUGUUGUGUGAGCAAGGCGGGCUGCUUAUUUUCGCACCUUUGCCGAAGCCAAAUGCUAAAGAAGAAUUCUAUCCUCCCAAAAUACGCUGGAAUGAUGUCAUGACCAGAAAUGGUUUUGUUGAUGUUUUCGCAGUCUCUCCUUCUGAAGAAUAUUCCCCAAGUGUUAUCGGAGGGUAUAAAAGCAAAAAAGCAGCUAUAGUAUCUUCUCGUUCAUCCCAUGAUGAAGAAAUCAUAAUCAUAGCAGAAGAAAACGAUCCUCUGGCCAAGGUACUUGCGAGUAGCUUUAACAAUUCAAGAAAUGUUCGAAUGCUAUCGGACGUAAACGAUAUGCAAGAGGAAGACACAUUGGAAUUGCAAUCACAAAUUGUUCUUUACAUUCACUCUUCAAAAACUAGAAGGCAUCUCUCCAAUCUUCUAACCCUGUUCAAAAAAGCAAACAAAAUCUCAGGAAUCAAAAGCUUUUGGGUGCUUACGUGCGGCGCAAGCGGUGAAAAACAAGAUCAAGAAGGAUCAGCGGCUCUGGGACUUUCUCGAGCUAUAACAAAUGGUACGCACAAGUUUACUGUGUUUGCUGUGGACGUCGAUCCUGCAGACUCCCAUGAAAGGAAUGGUGCACAUAUUAUCAAUUUGUUGGCAGCCCCACCUCCAGACCACGAAAUUGUCAUCCGUUUAGGAAGGUGCUAUGUUCCACGAGUGGUACGCUUUUCUCCGACGGAAUCAAAGAAAGUCUACACUAACAGAUGGAAACUAGGGUUUGUCAAUUUCGAUGAGACUGGAAAACACAGUAUCGAUGACAUAGACUUUCUGACAGCUGAGAACGUGAUGCUCCGAGAGGAUGAAGUAUUGGUUGAAGUUAAAACUGCUGGACUAAACUUCAAAGACGUGAUGAUGGCCAUGGGAAUGCUGAAAAGACUGGCCACGGCAGAUGGCAAAAAGGAGCUUGGCUUGGAGUGUUCUGGAAUCAUUACUGGUAAAGGAAGAUCGGUCUCAAAAUUUCAUUUAGGCGAUGAGGUUAUUGUUUUUCUCAACUCAUGCUUUGCUUCACAUGUCAAGUGUAGUCAAGAAUACGUAGUCCACAAACCACAAAAUCUUACCUGGGUCGAGGGCGCUGGAGUUGGAAUCGUGUUCACCACAGCAUUCUACUGUCUUGUAGAACGAGCACGUUUGGAGAAAGGGGAAACUGUUCUUAUUCAUUCUGCAUGCAGCGGUGUUGGACUAGCAGCUUUGCAGAUUGCAAAGAUGAUUGGAGCCAAGGUCAUUUGCAGCGCUGGAACAGAAGAGAAGAGACGCUUCCUCAAAGAAACUAUGGCCAUAACACAUGUUACAGACUCAAGAUCAGAGCAGUUUUGCCAAGACGUCUUGGAUUGGACAAAUGGAAAUGGUGUUGAUGUCAUUCUCAACUCACUUCAUGGCGAUUUGAUGAAGAAAAGCAUCGCUCUUCUGUCGCAUGGAGGUCGAUUUUGUGAAAUUGGCAAAAGAGACAUUUUGGAGAAUUCUCAAAUACCCAUGAAGGCGUUCCUUGAAAACAAGUCCUUCCUUUCGUGUCACGUGGAUAUCCUUUUAAGCAGGAAGCCAAAGACAUUUAUCAACAUAUUUGAAAAGGUAUCUAAGCUGCUUGCUAGUAACACUCUUGAGCCUAUUAAGACAACUGUGCAUCCCAUCUCCGCUUUCAAAGAAACGUUCAGAAUGAUGUCAAAAGGUGACCACAUCGGAAAGAUUGUUUUUGACAUCUCAAGUGAGCCAAUGCCGCUAUGCCUGAAAAUGCCAUCCAGCUUAUUCAAGCCUGAUGCUACCUACAUAAUCACAGGAGGAUUUGGUGGUAUUGGCCUAGCUUUGUGUCGUUGGAUGUCUAAGAAGGGUGCAAAACAUCUCGUAUUGACCUCUCGCCAGGGCUGCCACAAUGCCGCGGGUCGUCGCACAUUAGCUUUUCUGAAACGUCAAGGGGUUAUGGUGUACGAGUUUUCUGGGGACCUCGCAAAAGAGUCCUGUGUGGAGGCUAUGAUAAAGAAACUGAGUCAAGAUAGCACUAUCCCACCAAUACGAGGUAUAUUCCACCUGGCUGGAGUCAUUAAGGAACUUCUUUUAAAGGACUUUGAGGUUGGCCUCGUCGAACUCAACUACAAGUUGUCAUUCCGGUCUUCACGAGUUGUAAACGUACUGGUGUGGGAGCUGGUCGGAAACCUUUACAAGGAUAACUACAGGAGAGAUGUAACGGUUUGGGGAAAUCCUGCUCAACCCGCCUACUGUGCAGCCAAUUCAUAUUUGGAUGCUUUGGCUCAUCACCGGAAGAGCCUCGGACUUCCUGCUCUUUCUUUGCAACUAGGAGCGGUACGGGGAACAGGGUAUCUGGAAGACAAGGUGGAAGUUACCAAGAGGCUAGCCGACAAGGGGAUAUUGACUCUGCAUAUAGAAGAAGUCCUGUCUGUUCUAGAGACGCUGUUGGAAUCAUGUGAUGAACCUGUAAUCUGCUUUGCAAACCAGGUGGGUGGCGCCCUUCGAAAUUUCGCUAGUUAUAUGUACUUUUGUUUCUGGAGUAUCGUUUGCAAGAUACAGUGCUCUGAUUACAAACAGUUACAACAAAAAAUGUUCCUCGCAUUCUUUUGAACGAUCUCUCCAAUUUUUUAUUAACUAGUUCUGGGGAACUUUUAGCAGCAAAAAAACGAGGUCAAGACUGAAAACGUUUAUGCACACUUCAUUUUAAAUAGCACACAUACAUGUAUAAUUUUCGUUGAAUCGUCAAAUUUACAGUUCUGACAUUCUCACAGGUAGCUUGUGCCAAUCUAGGUGGGCAAUGCUUUACGAAAGUAAACGUGCAGGUGUAUCAAGUAAAAAGUAAUAAAAUCGCUGAUACGAAAGAUAUUAUUAGGGAACAACGUUAAAUCUUUUGUUUCAUGUGUUAAUGUUUACUUACUUUAUGGACACCCAGGAAUCACUAUCAUGACAUUUAUUGCUCAUUACAGUGUACGAAAAUAAGAGCUCUGUAAAGAACCUAACUUUUUUAAUGAUUUCUUUUAUUUCAAGAAUUCUGUAGCUGGAUGCCAAAAAAUUCUUCAUCUUAGCUUCCAUUUAGGGACAUUUUUAAUGAUAGUUUAUUCCAUGCUUUUUCUCCAAUUUCUUAAAACGCAUUUUUUUCCUUUUUCAAUAGAACUGGGAAGCUACUCAGCAGUUCGUAUACAGGACCAGCCUGAGAUUUCGCCAUCUUAGUCGAGACACUCGAUUGGCAUCUGACAAUCAAGGGUUCAAUAAAGAGCAGUUGGAAGAGAAAAUCAAGAAAAAACUCACCGAAUUACUGCAAGUACCCUCUGAGGCUAUUGACAUGAAUCAGCCAAUGACAAACUAUGGUGUUGAUUCCAUGAUGUCCAUUGAGCUAGCCACGUGGGCCAGUAGAGAACUUGGUUUGGGUAUCACGCAGUUGGAAGUGCUUGGCGGAUUGACGGCUGCAUCUAUAGCCAAAAAAGGCACUUUAGGUCUACGGUGA